AUGAUUUCAUCAUUACAUAGAAAUUCUAUUGUACGACGUUUAGUUACGAAACAUAUCAAAAAGGUUAAUCGAAAUACAAAUCUAAAACUACCUAUUGUAUUAAUUAAAUUAGAUAGUGAUCAAACGAUACACGAUAUAUCAUUUUAUGAACAUUUAAAACAACAUUCAAAUAUUAUUAGUGUGUAUACAUUAGUUGAUUAUCAACAACAAUAA